AAAAUAUUGACAUGCCUUCUUUUUGUGCAGUGUUUGGGUGUUCUAAUAGACACGACAGGGAAAAUGACAGAUCUUAUUAUCGGUUGCCUAAGGUUAUAACACAUCAGGGAGAACAAACCAAAAAGUUGUCACAGGAUCGUAGAGAGAAAUGGCUGUCAAAUAUAGCGCGAGAUGACCUUAAACCUUCAAGCUAUGACAACCUGCGAAUAUGCUCGGAUCACUUUAUCAAAAAACCGGCAGACCUCUAUAACCAACUUAAUCCUGACUGGGCUUCAACUGUUAAGAUGGGCCACAUUCGUACAUUCAUGUCCCCAUCCCCAUCCAAAUCUAGAUACAACCGCUCACUUAACCGGUCGGUAAGGAAACAGCACACUGCCGCAGCAAUGAGUCUACUGGAACUGCGAUGUUCUACCCCAGAACUGGAAUCAGAAGAUGUUGAUGUUGGUGUGAUGUAGUCAGGGACUUCAACACAAACAGACAUUGACAAAAAUCUGCUUACUGCCAUAGAGAGUGAGCUUCAGGUACUACAGAAGGAAAACCGUGAAAUGAAAGCCAUAUUAGAAGAGAAGAAACUUGAUGAAUCAUUCUUUCGGAAUGAUAGUGCAAAGGUUAAAUACUAUACAGGCCUACCAGACUUUACAGUUCUACAAGCAUUGUACUAUUAUGUAGA